AACACACCACACCUUUUCCAUUACAUAAUUCAGAUAUAUAUUUCUCACCGUCUCAUUUUUCACAAGUUGCACACUUUCUCUCCCAAAAAAGAAAAGAAAAAAAGAGCAAGCGCUUCUCUCUCAACUUUUCUCACUUCCGUUAGAGUCCGCGCUUCUUCUCUGUGAAGCUGGAACAAGAAGUUUGAGUUGGAAUCGGUUCGGAUUCGGAUUCGGAUUCUGCGUUCUUGAAAAAGGUAGAGUUGUAGAAAGUUCCAGAGAGUUAUUGAGACAAAGAGAGAUGAAGGACGAAGGAGGUGAUUUUGGAAUGAAGAUAAAGAUUGGAGUCUGCGUGAUGCAAAAGAAGGUGAAAUGCGGCUCCGAGGCGAAUUCUGGGCCGAUGCGGCAGAUUCUUGAUAGGUUACAAAAAUUUGGUGAAUUUGAGAUCAUAGAGUUCAUGGACAAGACCAUUAUUGAUGAUCCAAUUGAGAGCUGGCCAAUAUGUGAUUGUUUAAUUGCCUUCCAUUCUUCUGGCUAUCCUCUUGAAAAGGCUAAGGCAUAUGCUGCUUUAAGGAAGCCUUUUCUAGUAAAUGAAUUGGAGCCACAGCACCUUCUUCAUGACAGAAGGAAGGUAUAUGAGCAACUACAAAGGUAUGGAAUCCAUGUUCCAAGAUAUGCCCUUGUAAAUAGAGAAGUACCAUAUCAAGAGCUGGACUAUUUUGUUGAGCAAGAAGAUUUUGUUGAGGUUCAUGGUAAUCGUUUUUGGAAGCCAUUUGUGGAAAAGCCUGUUGAUGGGGAUGAUCAUAGGAUUAUGAUAUAUUACCCUAGUUCCGCAGGUGGAGGCAUGAAGGAAUUAUUUAGGAAGGUUGGUAAUCGAUCCAGUGAGUUCCAUCCAGACCUUAGAAGAGUGAGGCGUGAAGGCUCGUAUAUUUAUGAGGAAUUUAUGCCUACCGGAGGAACAGAUGUCAAGGUGUAUACUGUUGGCACUGAAUAUGCACAUGCAGAGGCAAGGAAGUCUCCCGUUGUCGAUGGUGUUGUCAUGAGAAAUCCUGAUGGGAAGGAAGUGAGGUAUCCCGUGUUAUUGACACCUACUGAGAAGCAAAUGGCAAGAGAUGUUUGCAUUGCAUUUAGGCAAGCGGUUUGUGGGUUUGAUCUCUUGCGUUGCGAGGGACGUUCAUACGUUUGUGAUGUGAAUGGGUGGAGCUUUGUUAAAAACUCUCACAAGUAUUAUGAUGAUACUGCUUGUGUGUUGAGGAAGAUGUUUUUAGAUGCCAAAGCUCCUCAUCUUUCUACAACAAUUCCACCAACUUUACCAUGGAAAGUCACUGAACAAGUCCAGCCUUCUGAGGGAUUAACUCGUCAGGGAAGUGGGAUUAUUGGCACAUUCGGGCAAUCUGAGGAGCUACGUUGUGUGAUUGCCAUUAUUCGUCAUGGUGAUAGAACUCCCAAACAGAAGGUGAAGUUGAAGGUUACUGAGGAAAAGCUGUUAAACUUGAUGCUGAAAUACAAUGGGGGACGGCCUAGGGCUGAGACAAAACUUAAAAGUGCUGUCCAGUUGCAAGAUUUGUUGGAUGCCACACGAAUGCUUGUACCUCGCAAUAGACCAGGUCGCGAAAGUGAUAGUGAAGCCGAAGACUUUGCUCACGCUGAAAAGCUUCUUCAAGUCAAAGCCGUGCUUGAGGAGAAAGGACAUUUUAGCGGUAUUUAUAGGAAGGUUCAACUAAAGCCACUAAAGUGGGUUAAAGUCACAACAAGUAAUGAUGAAGGGGAGGAAGAACGACCUGUUGAAGCUCUGAUGGUACUCAAAUAUGGGGGUGUUCUUACGCAUGCUGGCAGAAAGCAGGCUGAAGAACUGGGCAGAUAUUUCCGAAAUAAUAUGUAUCCAGGUGAAGGGACCGGCCUACUUCGCCUCCAUAGUACAUAUCGUCAUGAUCUUAAAAUUUACAGCUCUGAUGAGGGUCGUGUGCAGAUGUCUGCAGCUGCAUUUGCCAAAGGCCUUCUUGACCUAGAAGGGGAGUUGACACCAAUCCUGGUUUCACUUGUCAGCAAGGACUCCUCUAUGUUGGACGGACUAGAUAAUGCCAGUAUUGAGAUGGAAGAAGCGAAGGGUAUGUUGCAUGAUAUAAUAACUUCUGUUGCAAAGACUUUGCAAAACAAUGGAUCAGCCGAACAUCCCUGGAUGGUUGAUGGAGCCGGACUUCCUUCUAAUGCAUCUGAACUUCUUCCAAAAUUGGUGCAAUUGACUAAGAAGGUCACCGAACAAGUAAGACUACUUGCCAGUGACGAAAAACGUACAGAGGAAUAUGAAGUGAUUCCACCUUAUGACCAAGCAAGGGCACUUGGUAAAACCAACAUUGAUGUUGAUCGCAUUGCUGCUGGGUUACCCUGUGGUAGCGAGGGAUUCCUCUUGAUGCAUGCCCGUUGGAGAAAGCUUGAAACAGACUUGUAUAAUGAACGUAAAGAGCGGUACGAUAUAACACAAAUUCCUGAUGUUUAUGACUCGUGCAAGUAUGAUCUCUUGCACAAUGCACAUCUUAAUCUAGAAGGGUUGGAUGAACUCUUCAAAGUAGCUCAGCUCCUUGCAGAUGGUGUGAUCCCAAAUGAGUAUGGAAUUAAUCCAGAGCAGAAGCUGAAGAUUGGCUCAAAGAUUGCUCGCCGUUUGUUGGGUAAAAUUUUGAUUGAUCUGAGGAAUACUCGUGAAGAAGCCAUCAGUGUUGCUGAAUUAAAGAGUAAUCGAGACCAAGAUUCUACAUCCAAAAAAGCUGAAAAGGAAGAUACUGAAUAUCAAUCAAAGCUCUACAUUAAGAAUGAUGACAUGAGAAGAACUAGCACAAGCGAUAUAUCACUGGAUCAAGAUGAUGAUGAUGAUAAGGAGACCAAAUAUCGUUUGGAUCCAAAGUAUGCCAAUGUCAAGUCACCUGAACGCCAUGUGCGGACACGCCUUUACUUCACAUCAGAAUCUCAUAUUCAUUCUGUCAUGAAUGUUCUCCGUUACUGUAACCUGGAUGAAUCUCUUCUAGGGGAGGAUAGCCUUGUUUGCCAUAAUGGUUUGGAGCGUCUAUAUAAAACAAAGGAGCUUGACUACAUGAGUUAUAUUGUGCUGAGGAUGUUUGAGAACACAGCGGUUAAGUUAGAGGACCCAAAAAGGUUCCGCAUAGAGAUGACCUUUAGCCGUGGUGCAGAUCUAUCCCCUUUGGAGAAAAAUGACAGCGAGGCUGCUUCGUUGCACCAGGAGCACACACUACCAAUUAUGGGUCCAGAAAGGCUGCAAGAAGUAGGAUCAUACCUCACAUUAGACAAAAUGGAAGAAAUGAUUCAUCCUUUUGCCAUGCCAGCAGAAGAUUUCCCUCCGCCAUCGACCCCUGCAGGAUUCUCUGGCUAUUUCGCAAAAAGUAUGCUUGAGCGCCUGUGAUGCCUUGGAAACUUUUCUAUAUCUGCUUUGAGAAGGCCGAGUCAAUUCCAAAGGAAGUAAACUGCGAAAAAGAGGGAUUAAAGAAAUGAAAAUAAGCGCAUAAACACAAGUUGCCAGCUGAAGUGUUCGCUUGCAUGCAUCACCCCUGGUGAUGAAAUGGCAUUGUUCAGAAGCCAAGCUUUGUCCCAGAUAUGAAUAAUUCAACAGCGACGCUCAAGAAUCCUGCAUAUCAUACACGGAACUUCUUCGUCAUGUUUCCUAGUUUCUGACUUAGGUAUGCGUUAGGUAGGCAAGUGGUAGCUCUUCAAUGUGAGCUCAAAGGUUUUGGGAAAGGGGGAAGGCUACCCUCCUUUGUGUAGCCUACUCUCGUUCAAUUAAUACAGAAAAAAAGAUAGAAUUUACUCCUA